GCCCAAUCGUGACAAACUACCAUUCGUCGACUGUCGAGUUACUCGAAGACAGCAAAGACAUUAAAGUCAUUCUAGCCAUUCUGGAAGAAUCAAUUACAUUUCAUCUCACUUAUCAACUGAAAAACAGCUUGGAAAAACAAAAUGUGAUCUUCAAUUAUAAAAAGCAGAUGUCUGGAUGCUCUGUGGAUUCUGAAAAAGGAAAUGCAAUGGGUGUAAAUCUUGACUACCGCACUCUUCUCUGCACCCACUUAAAGUACUUAUUGGACAGAAUAGGCUCUUGCACAUUUGCAUCAUUUUCAUUUGUAUUUUACGGGAAAUUAUUUUGUGACGGAGUUGUAGGAGAUGAAAGUGAUAUGCUACAUAUGGAGUUUUUGAAUGUUAUCAAUGCAAUUGUUGAACCAAAUUCCAUAAAAGCACUGGUAUGUGGUGUCAAUUUCAAAUCGCAUCCUCUCGCUGUUAAUCACAUCACCUCCGUACUCACAUUCUUCCAACCCGGACCGCUUCAAGCUAUCAUGCUAGACAUGGAUAAAAGGACAGCCGCUAUGAACUUGGAAAGUAUUGUGAGCCUGGAACAAUGGAAACAAGCAGAUAUGAUUUUUAUGUCGGAUAUUACUGUGAAAUUCGCGAGGAGGGAUUUUGGGCAUUUGUCACGUGCAACAAUCAUAGCCCACCCGAUUUUUUUCGAAGAUCUAACGUUUCUAAAAGAUCACUUUCUCACUUCUGACAUCCCUCAGAUGUUUGUGAUUCAAUAUCUCCGUUCCUCCGAGGUCAAUGUCAAUGUUUCUCAGAAACUUCUAGAGAUUUUUGGACCACCAGCUCACGAAGAAUAUGCAAGUGCAGAGCAAUGUGAUCGAAUUUGGUGCCUUCCGAUUUCAAAUUCCGAAAAUUGUGUUCUCGUCAAACACAUAUUCUGUCGAAAGUACGGCUCAUUCAACUUCAGUCGACGCUUGGCUUCUGAGUUGGAUUUGAUGAGCAUCCCAUCUCCCAACCGAUCUCAAAUACUCUCAGCACUCGUCAAGAAAAUAGAAGCGUCGAAAAACUGGUCUCUCAAAGUUAAAAUAGACGAGGGUCAGGUUCAGAUCAACUUCACUCACUCAUCCGUGCCGACCAAAACCAUCUGCUAUAAAAAUCACAGAGAAGGAUGUCUGUUGGAGUAUGAAUUUCACAAAGUAGUGUUUGACGAGGACUUUGUCACUGCAUCCUGUGAUGAUCUGAACUUUGUAAUGAAUAGUGUGCAAGAGUUUGACAAGUUUGUAAUUGAAUCUGGUGAGAUCUCAGCGCCAAAUCGAGAAGAUGAUCCAAAUAACUCAAAUGAAACAAUUCUACCAUAUUGGUUGAAUAAUCUCGAGACACAUUUAAAGCAAAGAUCACAGAUGCUUAUUGUCAAAACAUUUGUGCUGAACCUGAAAAAUCACGCUCCAAACAAUCGGUUCUUUUCAAUCCUGUCACUGAUUGUCUCGGAAACUAUCGAGUUGAAGACUACUGUUCAGGAAGCAAAAUUAGAGUUAAAAGAAAUAAAUUUAACAAACGCCAAAGAGUUUAAAGGAGAAUCAUUUCAAUUAUCCGUCCCAAUGGAGUUGUUACUUCAUUUUUCAAAUGUGUCUGUGACGUUACAGCAAGUUUCAAUUCAAGAUCUUAAUAUAUUGAAAGAGCAUUUCCUGAAUUCUCCAAUCCCGCUCAAGUUUAUCAUUAACGACACUCUUUCAAAAAAUGAAAAUGUGAAUGUUGCAAGCCUACUGGAAAUGUUUGGAGCACCCGACCGUAUUGAAGAUGCCCUCAUGGCAUGGUGUAUUCGGACUCCUGGCACGAAAUUUGAGCUUCUCAUAGAAUACCGCCCGUGUGUUCCCAUGGGUCAAUCAUUCACUUUUGAAUGUGCUGCGAUGGUGGAAACGGAACAUCAAACACUUGACCCAAUCAACAACCUAGUCAUGUUGCCACUCUCCUUCACUACUCGAUCCGUAAUUCUCCCCUCCACAUUGAAUUCCAUGAAAGGCGCACAACUCACUGAGAUUUACAUGUCAGUUGAACAUACCCGAAUUACCAUGAGAUUCGGUUAUUUUCUCGAAAAUCAACAAAAUGGCGGAACCCACGAGUAUGAACGUUAUCUGAACGGGUGCCGGGUUCAAUAUGAUUUUCAAGAAGAGGUAGCUCGACACCAAGACUUUGUCUCGUUGGCGAUUUCCCAUUUGAAAGUGAUUCUGAAGAGUCACGAUAACACGGCUCGAUUCAAAAUUUACCUACGCGAGGAUUCUGAAGAGGACGACGUUGAUAAAAAGGUUCUUCAAACCAUUGUUGUGCAACCCUAUAGAUCUAAAGGGAAUAGUUUUGGAAGCACCAUGUUUCAAAGGCACAGUCAUCGAACCGGAAGCUUGUGAUAUCCUUGUCAACCUAGAACAGUGGAAAAAUGUGAAACAGAUGAGCUGUCCGUCGCUCGUUUUUCCAACUGCACUGUCAGAUUUUGAGCAUUUUUCUCAUUUUUCUGUCGCCAACAUCACUGUUCCAACAAUCAAUUUGGAGCAGUUGAAUUCAUUGAAAAAGCACUUUAUGAAUUUCACCACUGAAUUCGUCUUUGCUAUUCACUUCCUUGCUUACGAAGGUCAAGACGUCAAUAAUAUGGGAGAACGAGGACCGAGACCACAAGACGUUUUCGGUAAACCUGCUCAGGCUGAAUACGGAAAUGAAGAAUUGGGAAAUAAGCAGUGGUGUUUGCCAAUGGAAAAUACGGAUUAUCAACUCGAAAUAACUUAUCUAUGUUGUGGAAGGCGAGGGGUUCCAGUUUAUAUUUUCAAGCGGGAACCUCUCAUAAAACUGCACCUACAAAGAAAAGCAGAAAAAGCACCACCGUUUGAUAUUCUGCGGCUGGUCACCUGGUUUCCGAUGAUUAUGAAGAACAUUGUGAAUGAUUGUGCAUUUGCAUCAGUGGAAGCACUCCGCAACGUCUCCAAAGACCUUCACCAGUUCGUAGAUCUGAACCGGAAAAAUUCAAAAUUCCAAACAUAUGAUAUUUCACUAAAUUUGUCCAGUGAUGAUUCCAAACUCCGUAUACGACAGUUCAACUCGCACACCGUUUUCCACUACUUCCCGCAACCAAUAGGCUGCAAGCUCAAAAUCAUUGAGUUGACUCAAUUCGGACACUAUCGGAGCAUUCGAGAGCUGAAUAUGACAGACGAUACCUAUAUGAACUAUCUGAUGCGUAAUCUUCAGUACAUUUUAAGAUAUCAAGAAGACUGUCUCAACUUUUUCACGUACAGUCCCAAUUUUAAAAGCGACAAUGAGGCAGCCGAGGCAAGAAAACAAGUGAAGCAAGUUCUCAUGCCAAAUGCACUUCGAAACUUCAAGUUCCAGUUAGUAAAUUUAGGUUUAGCCGUUAGGAACGAAUCGGAAAUUUUGGAGCUUCUCGAAUGCUUUGACGCUGGAAAAUUGAAAUUUCUGAUUUUGGUAUUCGCUAGAAAAAAGGAAGAAGAGACGGGAGGGACAAUAGAAAUAAAUCGUAUAGCGGAGAUGGACUACUGGAGGAAUCUGGAGGAGUUCGAAGUGGUUGACUGUGUGAUCAAUGCGGAUCCGUUGAACUUUAACCAAUUAUUCGGGCAUUUCAAAACACUCAAAGUUUGCCUGCAAAACUUCACCGUUGACAACUUGCUUUUCAUGAAACAGAAAUCCCUAGCAUUCUCAUUGAAUUUACAUUUCAUUUGCGAAAACUUUGAACUGGAGAACUUGUACGAUUGGAACGUCAUUGGACGUCCUUUACUUGAAACUGAGAAUGCAGUCAAAUAUCGAAAGUGGUUCUUCAAGUUAAUUGACUCUGUAGAAAACACACUGAUAUUGAUAAUUCACACUGAAAAUGGCAAAAUCCAUAUUCAAAUGACUAGAAUUCCCACAUCAGAUGUUCCCCAAGAUGCAACGGUUCGAGAAAAUUAA